GGCUCCUCGGACAGGCGGACUCCGCCUUCUGGCCGCCGGGCGCCAGGCGGCGAGCGGCGCUUCGCAGCGACCGGCGCCCUGGCCGCGGUUUCUGCGCGCUCCAGCCGGCUGAGCGUCCGAGGCCGCCGGGGGCGAUCAUUGACAUCUGGAGGAGCCCCCCCCCCCUGGUGGGCAGGAUCCUUCCCUUGACUGUGCGAGGCCUUGUCGACAGCAGCGCGGGCGCCCGCCUAACCUCAAGAGGAGGGGUGCCGCCUCUCUGCGCCCGCGAGGUGCCCCCGGGGAAGCGCACCGAGACGGGACCGACGACGUCGUCGCCGCCGCCGCCGGCGCCAGGCCGGCGACGGCGCCGCGUGCCGUGCGGAGAGCCUCCCGGGCCGGCGGCGACGGAGCGCGCCGGGGGAGGCGAAUUCGGGAGACGACGGCACAAUGGACACAAGUUGUCAGACGUUUGCCAAAAAGAGCGCCAGAAGCAUCGCGCGCGCCGGCGGCCCCGCUCGCACAGGAAGGCCAGGGGGAGGCGCUCGCGCGGGCGCGGCUCGCAGCGGCCUCGCUGCUCAAAAAGCUGGGCGUGCAGUGUGCCUCUCGCGGUGGCUCCGGGCCCAUUGGCAUCGGCCUCGGGCAGGAUCCGCAGGGCUAUUCAAAUCAAUAUCAGGGCUUGAAAACGGCCCCCGGACGCCGACAUCGCGGCAGGCCUUCCUGGUCUGAGUGCCUUCGCGACGCCCGACGACAGGGGGCAGCAGCGUAGGAGGAGGGUCAAAAAAGCUAUACCGUCGGGGCCCCACGCCCAAAGGCCUCCCCCCCGCGGCGGCGGCCAGCGGCCCCCGCGCGCGGCCGCGCCACGCCGCAGCGCGGGGGGGCGGCGAC